AUGUCUACAUUGGUAUCGCCGCAGGGUGCCUCCGUGUCCGUUCCCCAGAGCUCUGUCAACAGCUCUGCCGGAACACUGGCUGUUCCUAGUCAGACUCACGUCGACCUAGGGGAGAACACGCCCAACGUCUAUAGUUUCUUUGAGCGGGUAACCUCCACAUGGACCUAUGUUGUCGCCGACCCUGCCUCCAAUGACGCUGUUGUUAUCGACCCGGUUCUGGAUUACGAUCAUUCCUCCGGGAGGAUAUCCACGGAAACCGCCGAUGGUGUCAUGGGAUUCAUCCUUGAUAAAAAUCUCAACAUUCGCCGCAUCCUCGAGACCCAUGCCCACGCAGAUCAUCUCACGGCCGCUCAGUAUCUCAAGCAACGUCUCGGGCAAGAUGUACCUGUAUGCAUCGGUUCUCGGAUCAAGCAAGUCCAAGAGAGUUUUGCGCGCGUCUACGACAUAGACCCGGCUCUUCUUGAAGACACAUUCGAUGUGUAUUUCAAGGACGACGAGCAAUUUAAGCUAGGCAACCUCUCAUGCAAGGUGCUACACUUGCCCGGUCAUACACCAGAUCACCUAGGCUAUGUCUUCGGCAGAGCGGUCUUUACCGGCGAUUCCAUUUUCAUGCCUGACGUCGGCUCUGCGCGGGCGGACUUCCCUGGGGGAAAUGUAAAUGAUCUAUAUAACUCCAUGCAGCGCCUCUUAUCACUUCCAUCGGAUUAUCUCAUAUUCGUGGGGCACGACUAUCCUCCGGAACGAGAGGUCCAAGACGUUGUCACCGUCGCAGAACAGCGUGAGCGAAACAAGCAUGUGAACGCAGGGACGGAUGAGGCGACGUUCAAGACUUUCCGGAGUACUCGAGAUGCUCAGCUCGGGUCUCCCAAGUUAUUGCACCCCUCACUACAGGUUAAUAUCCGGGCGGGGAGAUUGCCCCCGGCCGAUAGGGAAGGAAGGGUGUUUUUCAAAAUCCCGGUCAAGGCUUCGGUGGCGUUAUGA